UUCUUUGACCGCGAGGUUGUAUCUAAGCGGAUGUUCAAUUAUUUGAGAGCGCACGCGUCCGCUGGCAUUUUUCUUUGUUGUGGUUGUCGUUUUGCAUUUGAUAGGCCGUAGCUGCAUAUGUCUGCAACUUCCUAGAGUUGACUAUUUCUCGGUCGGAGAUGGUUUGCUUUAAAUGCCUAUUUUAAAUGACGAGCGACUGUAUUUCUAGGCUCGAGUGGUAACCCGGGAGAGAUUUCCGGAAAAAGGGUAACCCAUUUUCUGGAUUUUAGGGUUACGGCUGUUCUUAGCCAAGGAAGUGUGCCUAAACUAUCAGGUGUCAGUUUUUUGUUUUUUCGAUGCCUUCGUGUAGCUUUCUAGAUAUCUAUCUCAAAGGUUUGUUUGGGUGUGUAUGGCGAAACCGAAGCAACCGGCUCGAGCAUGGUGGUUACCCUUGUGAAGAGCCAUCGUGACUCAAAGUUCGUACCACGGUAGCGUAAAAUGUAUACGACUGGAUUAGUCACAAGAGCAGUUCCGACCAGUCCGUGUUUACUUUGUAAGCCUAAAGAAAAGCUCCUGUCUUGUUCCAUGGUGACGAACUCGAACCUGCGGAAGCACGUAAAGAAUCAACACCCCGGGAAUCUGGCUGACUUUGGGAACUCUUCGCGGGAACGGACGCUGCCUGAAGCUGCUUCGACGUCCACGCCGAAACAACUUACCCUCAACUUUGCAAGCGGGCGGGUGCCUCAAAAGCAGCUGGACAGCCUGAUUGUGGAUUUUGUUGUAGAUUCCCUGCAACCUUUCUCUGUCGUCGAGGCUCCCAGUUUCGUUAAACUUGUGGAUACCUUGGCCCCUGAAAACACGGUACCAACACGGAGAAUGCUGAUGGCGAGAAUCGACGAGAGAUACGAAGAGAUGACGACAAGCCUGCGGAAAGCUUUCGACGAGGUUCCUUACGUCACUGUGACCGCCGACUGCUGGACAUCGUUCCGACGGUGCAAUCUGGCAGCGACUGUUUCUUGGCUCGAGCCGGCUUCCCUGAAGAGGAACUCUGCAGUACUGAUCUACCAAAGAAUGACGGGCAGCGUCACGCACGACAAGAUUGCAGACCUUCUUCUGGAGGUUUUCAAGGAGUACGGCCUUCAAGGAAAAGUCACCAAGGUCGUGACCGACAAUGGAUCCAAUUUUGUAAAAGCCUUCAGGGUGUUUGGCGAGCCUGUUCAGCCUGACGAUCUAGAGCCUUCGGAGCAGGACGAUGAAGGCCUGGAGUUCGUGGAGGUAGCACCCCUGCUUGAAAACGUGGACGAAGGAGAGGCCCGACUCCCCCCUCACCAUAGAUGUGCUGCGCACACCCUAAAUUUGGCGGCUACGACCGACACCGGAGCAGCGGAGCGUCACGAAAUCUUUUCGAGACCUGUUCGCUCCGUUUUGCGGACAUGCCGCGCCUUGUGGAAUAAGCAGGGACAGUCGGCGGUUGCUGCCUAAACCAUCCGACGCUUCUGUGGGAAGGCAUUAAUAAGGCCCGUAGCAACGCGGUGGAACUCUCUCUACGAUGCGCUAGAGUGCGUGCACAAGUUGGAUGCUGAGGGCAAAGACUUCGACGGGUUAUGCAGGACCUUACAAGUUCCUCCCUUCCAGCGUCCACGUGACCUACUCUUCAUAGAAGAGUACUGUAAGGUCAUGAAGCCCCUCGCCUGUGCGAUUGACGUGGUUCAAAGAGAAGAACACAUGUUCAUGGGGUACCUGCUGCCAACGAUCACGGUACUCCAGCAGCGGCUCAGCCAUCUUCUCCAGGCGGGCCUAGCUUUCUCCGCGCCGCUUGUGAAUGCUCUACUUGAUGGAAUCUAGAACCGGUUUGGUCCCCUGAUCAACGACCGGGAGCUGUUGCUAGCAGCCAUUGCGCUCCCCCGGUUUAAAGUCGGCUGGGUUCUUGGCGAAGCCAAGCGGCAGGAGCUAGCUCAGCUGCUAACGGACGAGCUGAACCGCCCAUGCUACGGAGGAUCGCCCACCGGCGGACAGGAACCUCCCGCUGACUGCGGGUUCCCCUGUUGACGAUUUCUUCGCUUUUUCGGCGCCAAGAUCGACCCGGGACAGUGGGGAAGUCUCACGCUACCUCAGCUUUCCGGACAGUUCGACGGAAAUGCUGAAGGAGUACCCACGCCUACAAAAAGUGUUCAUUAGGUUUAACACUGCCCUGCCAUCUAGCGCGCCUGUGGAGAGGGUGUUUAGCGUAGCAGCGGACAUCCUGACCCGAAAACGCGGGAAAAUGAGCGACUGCAACUUCGAGCGCCAGCUUCUGCUUAAAUUAAACAAGACACAAGAAGUGUCUGUUGCAUCUAAAAUGAAUUAAACG